ACACUCGUCUCGAUCCGCAAGGCCGACGAGAGCGGGUACUCCACGAUGUUCGAGCACGGAGAAUGCAAGGUCCUUGAGCGGGCGACACGCGAGACGGUCGCGCGCAUCCCCGCAACUCACGGACUGUACAAGGUCGUGACAGCUCGACCCAUCGCACUCAGCGCCACAAACACCCGUCCAGGCAGCCGUGACAGCGAUGAGCUCGUUGUUUCGAACGGCGAAUUCCAUCGCAUCAUGGCUCACCCUUCCGAGCAGGCCACUAUCGAUCUCAUCUCGAAGGGACACGCAACUGGCGUCAAGCUCACUUCUACGGCAAUUGGCGAGCGCUGCGACGUCUGCAUCCAGACCAAGAUCACUCGCAAGCCCGUCCCGACGGAGGCGCAACACGAGUCCGAGUUAGAGAACGGCCCCGUUCUCCUCUACGGCGACUGCUUCGAUGCAGACAGCUGGGACCCUAGUGCACUCUCUCUGGGCGGCAAUCAGUACUCGUCAACCUACGUCGAC